UCGAAAGACACCUCAAGAAAACCCUAAAAAUGGAGAGCUCUGCAUCGAAAAUAUCGAAGUUUCAACAAAUCUUGGAUGAAUUGAAGACCGAUAUGGAUUAUUCUCCAAAUUCGAGCUCACCGCAUUUUGAAUUGUUUAAUGCUGCUUACACUGGGGAUUUCGACCGGUUCAAGAGGUUGGCUUUGAAUCAUGCUGAUGAUGAAGUGAUUGCAUUAGAAAAAUCAAUUGGAAAGGUUAAAGAUGACGAUGGAAGAGGAUGUCUUCAUUUUGCUGCUGCAGGAGGAAGUUUAGAAGUUUGCAAAUACUUGCUUGAGACGUUGAAACUUGGUGUGGAUUCCAAAGAUGGAAAUGGUAUCACAUCCUUGUAUCAUGCAACUAUAAAAGGGCAUUUUGACACUGUUACAUAUCUUCUUGAAAAGGGUGCCAACCCUGAUGUGUCAAAUAAUAGGAAUGUCACUCCUUUACAUUAUGCUGCAAAAUCAGGUAAUACAAAAAUAAUAACCUUGCUACUUUCAAGGGGCGUUCGUGCAGAUGCUUCAACUAGGUCUGGCACUCCCCUUCACCUUGCUGCUGGUCUUGGUCAUCGAGAUGCUGUCCAUGUGUUGUUGGAUCACGGUGCAGAUCCUAAUAUUGUCUUUCAUGGUAUGGUUACACCACUAAUGUCGACAAUUCUGGUCAAGUCAUGGGAAUGUAUGGAACUUUUACUGCAGGCAUGUGCAGAACCAAAUGGUGUGUUUUGCGGAUCAACACCUCUGAUAUUAGCAGUAAGCAAUGGACGUGUAGAGGAUAUCACCCGCUUACUGGAAGCCGGUGCAGAUCCAAAUGUAACAAAUAGUGCAGGGCUCACUGCAUUAGAAGUUGCUGCUAUAAAGUGCAAGGAUCCAAUUAUUGGGGUUCUUUUUCCGGUGACAUCUCCCAUCCCAACUUAUCCUGAUUGGAGUAUUGGCGGACUAAUGAAGGAUGUAAAUUCUGAUGCAAACAAAAUGCAGAGGGAACUGGCUGCGAAGGAGAAAUAUCGUCAGUCAAUAUCAAAAGGAAGAGAUGCAUUACUGAGAAAGCGGUAUCAUCUGGCAGCAUAUCUUUUCACUGAGGCCUUGGCCGUUGUUCCAACAGAUGCAGAUGCACUAUCCAACCUGAGUUUGUGUUAUGCGCAUCUGGAUGGUGGAAUUCAUGCAUUAGACAAUGCCAUUAAAUGCUUGCAUCAAAGACCUGAAUGGCCUAAGGCAUAUUGUAGGAUAGGUGUCGCACUCAACAUAUUGAAAAGGUACAGUGAUGCAGCAGAUGCCUUUCUCGAGGCUUCGAUGCUCGAUCCGGGGAACGAAAAUAUUAAAGAUGCGUACAUGGACAGCUUAAACUCUAGCAAAGUGUAUAAUGCUGGGUAAUGUGCAAGUCCGGUUGGUAAUAUUGGAAUUGGAACUCUCUCAAAGUGUAAGCAUGGAAGAUAAUGUUGGAUGUUGCUAACAAAUUUUUUAUCCAUUGGACUUAGAAGACAGAAAAAAUGGACUUGCAUUGCAAAUGGCAAAAAUGUGGUGUUAGCAAACUCUGAAUCUCAAAUGAAAGCUUAACUAGCUUCGCAAUGCAAACGUGAGUGAUAGAAUAAAAACGUGGAAAUAUCUCAUGAACCCAAGUUUGGACCCUCUCUCUUUCAAAAAUCCGAUAUAUAUU